AUGGCGAAACCAUUUAAGGGGUCGGUAAUUGCUGUCAGCGGCACCUUCCCAUCGCUGAACCAAGACUCCUUGAAACAAAUUAUUGAAGGUGGAGGUGGCACCUUCAGCCCAAAGGUGAAUGAUGAGUGCACCCAUCUAGUCACCACGCUUAAAGCAGCGACAAGCAGCAACACCAAAUUCAAACAAGCCUCUGCUCUCGACAAAUGCCACAUUGUGACGCUGGACUGGCUCCUCGACUCACAAGGCAAGAAGAAAAAAGUCGCUGAAAAGAAGUACUUAGUUAGCGAUGACCAAAAGGACUCUACCGCGCAGGACGCAGUAGCGCCAGCAGCGACGGGUUCUGACAAGAAGAGACCUGCCUCGGCAGCUGUUGAUGGUGUGAAGCCCCCGUCGAAAAAGAAGCGUGAUAAGGAGAAACCAGAUGAGAAGAAAGCAGACGAGAAGAAGAUUCAUGUUCCUGUCGAUGAGGGGUGCACGGACAGUGCUGCAUAUGACGUUCUCAUUGAUGCAGAUGGAGUCAUCUGGGACGCCUCACUCAGCCUGACUAGCUCGAGUAAUAACAACAACAAAUUCUACCGCAUUCAACUACUCAAGUCCAAAACAAAAAAGGAUUCAUACAGUUCAUGGACACGCUGGGGUCGAGUUGGCGAAAUGGGUGCAGGCGCCAUGUUCGGACCCGGCGAUUUCGAAAGCGCCAAGAAGUCAUUCGAAAAGAAAUUCAGAGAUAAGUCUGGUCUCGCCUGGAAGGAUAGACUGAAUGAUCCCAAACCUGGCAAAUACUCGUUUGUCGAAAGGGACUAUGAGGAAGAUGACCCAGAUGCGGAAGAAGCCAGGGCGGCCAAAAAGAAGCAGCAAAAGGCAGACGAAGAUAAACGCCCGCCUCCAGAAAGCAAGCUUUCAAAGCCUACUCAGGAAGUUGUCUCACUUAUUUUCAAUCAAGAAUAUGCAAUGCAGGCAUUGCAUGAUUUGAAUUUCGAUGCGAACAAGAUGCCGUUGGGAAAACUCAGCAAACGUACUCUACAAACGGGUUUCCAGACAUUGAAGGAUCUGUCAGAGCUUCUUAAUGAUCCGACCCUUGCGACGAGCAAGUACCAACAACCCCUUGGUACGGCAUUGGAGAUGCUCAGUAACCGUUAUUUCACCGUCAUUCCUCAUGCUUUCGGACGUGCUCGACCACCGGUGAUAAGUCAUUCGAGCCUGUUGAAGAAAGAAGUCGAGUUGCUUGAUAACUUGACGGAUAUGGAGAUUGCAAACCAGAUCUUCAGCGACUCUCUUACAGCUGACAGCGAGAUGCACUUCUUGGACAAACAGUUUGAGGGCUUGAGACUGGAUGAAAUGACGCCAUUGGAUCAUUCAUCGUCCGAGUUUGGGGAGAUUUCAAACUAUUUGAUUGGAGCAGCUGGGCCAACUCAUCACUGGAAUCUCAAGCCACACGAUAUUUUCCGUAUUGAACGAAAUGGCGAGCACCACCGCUUCGAACAAGCCGGAAUGACCAAACUACCCAGCGACAACCGUCGACUUUUGUGGCAUGGUUCUCGCUCCACCAACUUCGGUGGUAUUCUCAGCCAGGGUCUGCGUAUUGCACCCCCAGAAGCCCCCGCGAACGGCUACAUGUUUGGUAAAGGUGUCUACUUUGCCGAUAUAUCCACAAAGUCUGCCGGUUACUGUGCUUCCCACUCCAGUCGAGGCAUCGGCUUGAUGCUUCUAUGUGAAGUCCAGUUAGGCGAUCCAAUGCAGGAACUAAUCCAUUCAAGUUACACUGCGGGUGACGACGCCAGAGCAAAGGGACAACUAGCGACUCUCGGAAUGGGAAGCACGAUUCCACAGGGAUGGAAGGAUGCGGCAUGUGUGCAUCCGAGCUUGCAGGGUGUUGUCAUGCCUGAUGUGUCGUGUGGACUGGAGGUACUAGAUCAUACCUCUCGCAGCUUGUUUUACAAUGAGUACAUUGUCUAUGAUGUUGCUCAGAUUCGGCAGCGUUAUCUGCUCAAGGUAAGCAUGUAG